CCUUGAUCCACAUGACAUGUGCAGCUAUUUUGUAGUUGCCUCCUCUGUCUGUGUAAUGUACGACUGGGGUGAGCAGGAUCGAGCAUCAAAAAACCACUGAUAUACCUAGGUAUUUUAAGCACUCACAUUCGGACAAGAGGUUGAACUAAUCUGGAACCAACACUGGUCCCUGAUGACCGUGAUGUAUCUCGGUGUGCGCUACAUCGGAAUGAUAUAUGCCGUCAUCUGCAUUCUAGUUUAUGUUCCGACAAUUUCGGUGACAGAUAUAGGCCAUGUGUUGAUCGAUGCAAUAGAAUAUAUCAACGGUGUCGCAAAUAUAAUGUUGGGUGUCAUCAUGAUCGUUCGGUUAUAUGUCAUGUAUCAGAAAUCCAGACGUGUGCUGACAUUCCUCGUCGUUGUCUUCCUGGCUAUCAGAAUCGCCAUCGGAGUAAUGAUCGCAAUAAUGGUGAGCCGUUUCGUAGUGGAGGAACACGUUCUUUACGGCAACUAUGAGUGCGCUGUUGAUUUUGGAGAGAGGAGCCUACGAGUUCUGGAUUACAUCGCUUGGAUGCUCCUCACGGCAUGGGAGGUCCUCACACUGUUUCUCGCAGUCUGGGUAGCUGUAAAACACUUGCGUGAACUGCGACAACGAUCAUCAGGAGGAUUCAUCACGGACUGUUUCACGGUUUUAAUGAAAACUCACGUUGUUUACUUUGCGAACUUUGUCGCUCUUGCUUGCAUAGAGUCCAUCGGUUAUCUUUCUCCGAAGAUGUCAGCGUCCUCAUAUUCCACAGAGACUCAAGCUUAUAGUGGUUUCUCUGAAAUACUUAUGCUCACGCAGAUGUUUAUACUGGGACCACGCCUCGUCCUAAGCAUUCGAGAAUAUCAUGCUGAGCUUGUGACCCACUCCGAUGCAGCAACCGCUAUGACUUCAAUCGAUUUCCAGGAGCGUGUCUGUGUCAACUAGCAGUACUAUGCGAAACGGAAGAGGAUUCUAGAUAC